AUGACUGGAAACUCGGUUGCCGAAAUUAUCGUAAACAGCCUGUACAAUGCUGGCGUCCGCGUCGUAUUUGGCGUGCCAGGAGCCAAAAUCGAUGCCAUAUUCGACACCCUGCUGGAUCACCCCGAAAUAAAAGUCAUCGUCGCCAGACACGAACAAAAUGCGGCCUUCAUGGCAGCGGCUGUCGGUCGUAUCACGGGCAUACCAGGCGUUUGCAUCGCAACCUCGGGACCUGGAGCUUCCAACCUCGCUACUGGAUUGGUGACUGCUACGACGGAAAACGAUCCUGUCAUCGCGAUUGUGGGAUCUGUACCACGGCAGAUGAACCUCAAGAAAACGCAUCAAAGCAUGAAGGCGCUAGACAUUCUCGGCCCGACUGCGAAAGCGGCUUUCCCCAUCGAUGUCGAGGACCAGGCUGCCGAAGUUAUCCUGAAUGCUUUUCGCAAUGCAAGCACCUCUCCAAAAGGUGCCAACGUCAUCUCGGUACCACAAGAUGUCGCAAAGGGCAAGUCGGGUGUCCUUCCAUUCGAUAGUCGUGCCUUUGUACCACCGCUUUAUGGACCAGCACCUCCGGAUAGACUUGACGAGGUGAUCAAGAUGAUUGAGAGCGCGAAGUUGCCGGUACUCUUCUUGGGGAUGAGGGCAAGCAGUCCGAAGGUCGUUGGCGCGGUGCGCCAACUUCUAUCGAAGUUCCCGAUACCAACCGUGGAGACAUUCCAGGCAGCCGGUGCCGUGCCGAAGGAAUUAGUCCAUUUGUUCUACGGAAGAGUGGGCUUGUUUCGAAACCAAGUAGGCGACAAGCUCCUCACCAAGUCGGACCUUGUACUUGCUGUUGGAUACGAUCCGGUUGAGUACGAUGCCAAUGCUUGGAAUCCGGAGGGCACCACGAAGAUUGUACACAUCGACUUCAUGGCAUCUGAUUAUGGAACGUCUUACCGCCCGGUAUCUGAGCUCGUCGGAUCAGUCGUCGAAAAUGUGAAGUAUAUCACGAACCAUUUGUCAAGAAUAUCGGAGACAACCAUAUCAGAAAUGUGCAAGGGGCUAAUCGAAGAAUAUACUGAGUGGCAAGAUCGACCGGAGGUCCGUCGCUCAUCAGGCCUUGUGCACCCGUUACAUUUUAUCACAAGACUACAAAGUGCGGUGUCCAAAGACACGACCGUAUGCGUCGACGUAGGAAACUGCUUUGGUAGUUCCGAUGGACAGCAAACGCUUGGCGUGGCGCUUCCGUGGGCGAUAGCAGCUUCUCUCACCCAGUCUAAACCGUGCUCUGAGAAAGUCAUCUCCAUCUCCGGCGACGGUGGGUUCAUGUUUUCGUCACAGGAGCUGUCCACUGCCGUCCAGCAAAAAUGCAACAUCACUCACUUCAUCUGGAACGAUUCGGCGUACAACAUGGUCGAAUUCCAGGAGGUCAUGAAGUAUGGUCGCUCCUCUGGUGUACAGCUUGGCGGCGUCGAUUUUGUUAAAUUUGCAGAAGCAUUCGGCGCGAAAGGGUACAGAAUCAGUGACUCAGCUGAUGUUGAAAGCGUGCUCAAAGAGGCCUUGGCGUACGAAGGUGUGAGCAUCGUAGAUGUGGCCAUCGAUUACAGUGGAAACGCUGACCUCGCUGCCAAUCUGAUCGAAGAUGGCGGUAACUGA